AUGAAUCUUGAGCAAUUUAUAUCAACUGAAGAUGAUUGGGCUCAUUAAUCAUAUCAUGAAAAUGAUGACUUUGAAUUUUCAUGUUCCCCAAUCAUGUUUGGUCGUCCAUCAAAUAAAAAUAAAAAUGAUUUUGAAUUGGACUAAGAAGAUUACUUUAUAGAUGCUCCCAAACUUGAAGAACAAACAGAUGAACCUGAUUUUAAUCAACUUCUUGAUACACCUUCUAUUCCAAUAAAAAAGAGGUAAAUUAGGAAAAAUCGAAAACUUAAAAAUAAUACAAUCACUAUUCUUUACAAAAGAAUGUUCUCUGAAAUAAUUAAUGAUUCUUAAUCAUAGGCUGAAAUUUAGAAACAAUUAGAACAUUGUUAAAGAAUGAAAUCUGUCAUUGAUGGAUUAGAAAAGAAAUUAAUAAAUGUGAAGACCUUGCUUGUUCACAAACUUAAAUAAAGAAACUAAUGA